UGAGAUUUACCCCUCCGUUGGUUUAUCAGUUCCGCUACUUUUCCCGGUAGUUCUGCAAAUAAGACUCCCGGCACCAUUGAGAUUCGUGAGUACAACUUAACCGCCAUUCACGCGGCACAAUCUCAGAACACAGAAGUACCAAAGCUAGAAAUAAAACCCUAUAGUCUUUCCCUCUAAAUUCACCUCCUCUCCGCCAUUUUCUCACAGUAAUCUUCGACGCUCUUCUGGUUCUUUUGCUUCAUUUGAUUGAGUAUUUUUCCUCGGAUUACUAAUGUGCUAAACCUUCACCUAAUUCAAUCAUCAUUUUCCAUUACCUAUUUGGGAGAGAGAUGAAGGUCAGUGGUAUGUCGAAUUUUGAAAUGCUCAACAAUGGAGGAAGAAAAAGAAGGGGACGAAAAUGAAAACCAGAUCCAGAUGUAGCAGCAUCGACUGGUGAGUCCAAUUCGAUCAUGAAAUAUCUUCCAAAUGAAAUCAAAUUAGACGUACUUUCUCGAUUACCAAUUCCUUCAGUAUUAAAUUGCAAGUUAGUUUGUAAAUUGGCGGAAAACUAUUCAAAACCCUACCUUCGGCAAUACUCAUCUCCGUCAAGCUUUAUUAGGGCAACAACAACAACAGCUUAAUGAUCGAGAUAAUAAGGUUGGUUUUCUGUUACUGACUUUAGAGGAGAAAACUCGAAUUUAUAAUGGAUUUUUUUUUGAGAAUAGAAAAUCCCCUGAAGAAAUUAUGGAACUCCAGAGAUAUGAAGAUCUUAGGUUAACUGAAGAAGGGAGAAGGCAAAUUGAGAGUGGGGAAUAUUUUGAGGAUAGGAAAUCAAGUGUGGAAUUCAAAAUUAUCAAUCAUCCUCUUAUUAAGAAGCAUUCUGGCACAGGUGCCAUUGUAGGGUCUUGUAAUGGUUUGGUUUGUAUCUCUAUACCUUAUACACACCACAUUGAUGAUCCUAUAUACAUAUGUAAUCCUACCCUCGGAGAGCAGAUUACUCUUCCAAGAUUCACAUUGAUGGUUAAAAACAAGAACAAUGUUGAGUAUAAGAAAACUACUUAUUUGGAUGGUCAUCUUGUGAGCGGGUUUGGGUACAACACUAAAACUGAUGAAUAUAAAGUUGUCAGGAUCCACUAUUUUGUGUCAAGGAGAUCAGAACUAUCAAAGGGUCAAGUUCAGGUUUAUACUCUUGGUAGUGGAAGUGGGUGGAGAAACAAAGAAGAUAUUUCUUACUCGUUGCAGCGUUACUAUCGCUGCCCUACUGCCUGCUUGAAUCGUAUGAGAUUCUCGUAUAAUCAUGUAGAGGAGAUUUGUAGCCCAUGGCGUGGUAUCCUUGCGGAUGGUGCGCUUCAUUGGUUAGAUGAAGAAUGGAAUAUUGUAGCAUUUGAACUGGCAGAAGAGGAGUUCAGUUUGCUCCCAUCACCACCUUGUUUCCGUCCUGGUGUUGUGAACUUUUUUACACUGCAGGUAUUGGAAGAGCGGUUGUGUGUUGCUAAAGGCCAUGACGGUGAUCAGCUUGACAUAUGGUCAUUUAAGAAGGAGACUAGUGAGUGGGAAAAUAUGUUCAGCUUAUCAUGUCAUUCAGAUGAGUUAAUGGACAUGUACUGGCCAAUUUCCCUUACAUUGGGCGGAAAACUUCUGUUGCGGUCGAACUAUGAGACUCUCAUUUGUUAUGAUCCCCAGACUAAGGAGUUCAAAAAACAAAUAGAUCUUAUCACAAGUUCUCUCUUUGAGCCACUCCACCAUGACUAUCCCUUGAUUGAAGCAAUACCUCACAUGAACAGCUUGGUUUCUUUGAAAGCUCUAGGAGAGAAGCCUAAAGCGAUGACAAGAGAUUCAGAUUUGGGUGAUCACUUUUAUGAGUAUGGCAGCGAGUAGCAGAAGCAGAAGGAACUGAUGAGAUGACUAAUAUUGAUUGUGGCGUACAACUUGCCAUCCAUGGUAGCACCGCUAUUUAUAUGCCAAGAUCCUGCUGGUGGAAUGUGGGGCUCACUUGCCUCCAGCUCCUGUGCGUUAGGAUUUAGGCAUAUUAUUUGGUCCUUUUGCAGUCUAAACUCUGUAUAGCAGGGGUCUAUCUGAAUUCUAUGGUGGUUACACGGAGACACUGCCCAAAUGAGGCCUUGAAGCUAUUUACAAACGAGAUGUGGAAUGAUGUUUUGCACAAUUUCAGAACUGCAAACCCUGAACCCUGAACUAUCUUUUUAUGCAUUUUUACAUUUUGAGAACAGAGAUAUUGGUCAGUUCGUAGCUCUGGAGUUGAAAUAGGAUUUCGCACGUUAUAGUCAUUUCUGGGCUACAGGAAGCAUAAAGACAAUACCGUAUGUACCG